AUGUUGAGUUCAAAGGAUGGUAGGUGCUUCACCUGUAGUGGUGUCGGUCAUGCCCGGAAGGAUUGCCCCCAUGCCAGUAGUAACACGGCUAACAGCAAAAAGGUAGCUAAGGCAUCUCCAGGAAAAGGAGACACCUCUUCAAAGAACGAGAAAGUGAAACCCGUGACCUCCAGUGAGCCUUCAGCUAGCUCUUCAGGGACGUAUGUGGCUGAACCACCAGUUGCAGUGACUUCGGCCGCCCCGCAGUCUGGAAGCAGCUUAGGUUCUAAGGGACUCGGGGAAGUUGGAGCGUUGAUUCAAGAAGCUUCGGUGUUGAUGAAAACACUGCGGCCUUCGGUGAAGGCUAUCAAUUUGAAGAAGGCGGCUGUGGAUGGCUUCACUACCGGUCUCUUGGAUGGGGGUGCAACGAAUGCACUCCGCCAGGGGUCUGCGGAGGAAAUUGCGUGUGCAGUCCCUGUGACUGUAGAACUGGCUGCCGGAUCAGCGCAGCUCUACCAGUGUGUUGAAACGGGUGGACCUCCGUGUAGGUCUAUCAGCAGGCUCAGAAGCAUCCAACCGGGCCCGCCCCCCCUUCGGGGGCGGGUGGACCAACGGUACGGCCUCUUGGAUUUAAGUCCGGCUGAUCAAGCCAAGACGGACUAUGACAGUGCCUUGGUUCUCAAGCAGCUGGCCUUGCAUCAGUUGGCAGAGGAGUCUCGGGUUGGUGGUGUGACCUAUGAGGGGUCUAGUUGGGCUGACUGGGCACCAGGCCUGAAGCAGGCCAUUCGGGUGGCCAUCAUGGCUUUGAUCAAGGAACAUGGGCUCGGGGGAGAGCACUUGAGAAAGGCCUUCUCCAUGGAUCAAUGGCGUCAGCACAUACUGCAAGGACACCGGCCAUUCAGGAGAGACUGUCGGGCCUGCGUGCUCGACAUGGCGGCUGAUAAGCCGCAUCGUCGUAGAGUGGGUCGAGGCGAGUCGUCAUGGUCGAUGGGUGUCGAUGUUGUGCCAUUGGUUAAAGCAGUAGAUGAGUCCACGUCGGGCCAUGUAAGAUAUGCUAUGGUCGCCACUGUUCUAGUUCCAAAGGUCCCCAAAGGAAUUCGUAAACCUCUGGUCCCCAUGGAAGAACCCCAAAAAAUGGUGGAUGAAAGUAUGGAUUGGGGGGAGGGUUAUGAUGAAGAGGACUUGCCUCUCAUGGAUGAAACAUGUGAUGGACAAGGGAUGGAUGAAAAGAAUGUCGAGGCAGCGCCCGAUAGGGAGGUGAAGAGCGACGAACAUGACUUGGAUCGAAAAUGCGAAGAAUGUCGAGAACCUCUUCCGGCUGCUCACGUAACGUUGGUGUUCCCCAUGCCCUCGAGGCAACAAGCCGAGGUGAUCCAUGCCCUGAAUUCAUUGGUCACCAGAUUCCGGAAGGUCAAGCGAAUCCAAAUUCAUGAUGCUUUCUUGGAUCAGCACCUUGGUCUUUUGGAUGCAGUGCGAGAUGCACUGAACCACGUGCCCCUUGGAAGGAACGAAGGAGGUCAUCAGGGGUGGUGGCUGGAGACUCUUCAGUCCGAACGGCUGGCUUUGGAAAGGGAUCUCAGUGCCUUGGAUAAGGAAGCUGGGAGUGGUGGUUUGCGACUUUGUGCAGUGCAGGCUGGGGGGAGUGAACAACCUCCCACCGGAACGGAUGAAGUGCUCCAGACAAUGACUGUCUCCUUGGACGUGGUGCGAGGGGACUUGGAGACUGAGGUACAUCACGGCACAGCAUCUAAGGAGCCUGGCACAGAUCUUGUAAAGGUCGCCAAGUUCGGGAUGCUGGUUGGCACUCUGCAUGCAGUUGCCGAGCACUAUGAUGUCGGUCCUGAUCGGGAUGAACUCAUGCUGGCUGUAGCAGUGCUUGCCGUGGUUCUGGUCGUCUGGUUGUACAAGCUGACGCGGCGCUCAAGUUCGCUCGAUGUGAGUGGUUCGGUCAACGGUUUUUGUGAAGGGUCUUCGGCCAUCAAGAGUGUACAGGGAACAUUGUGUAAAGGUUGGGAUAACUUGAAGCGAGCAGCCUCAGAUGUCUCCCAUUUUUGCAAAAGUCUCACGGUCCUUGAACGGGUGGACCACAGCGAGCUGGUGGAAGGCUUGGAACAAGCCUCCCACAUUUCGUUUCACCCUGAUCAUGGUGAUGAUCUGUAUGAGAUGUUUCAAGAAACAAUUGAAGAUCCCGAACAAGAAAGAUCAAGAGCCACUGGCCCACAAGAAAGAAACAACGAAUGGAGCGAGGGAACGAGGGAACAUGAACCCGUUCUCCAAGGCUGUGAAGGUGACGAGGUAGGUCAUGUCAUGGGCUCUGGGCUUGGCUCUGGGUUUGGCUCUGGGUUUGGCUUGACUAUGGCCGGCUUGAACACUACCUCUGAAGUUCGCCGACAGAAUGAAAUGUCAGAACUGUUUGACAGUAGCCCUUGGGGCUCCCGGCUCAUACCGGACGCGCGCCCCUCGCUGAAAGCAAUGGCAGCUCCAGCAAUUGGUGCUCGGGCGUUCGAGCCUCCUCCAGCAUUGACUACCAGCGGAAGUCGGCUGGUUGAGGACGAGGCUGUGUUUUCGAAACCACUCGGUGGCUCUCGUGACAAAUGGUAUUGGCUCCAGCGAGAAGAAGAUCAAUACUUGGUGAGGGCACACAGUAAACCAAGGAUCCGACCUUUCCAUCCUCUGCAUCGGAAUGUUCCCCUCGACCCUGGAAAGCAGUUGGGUCCCUCCCGCAUCACGGUGAAGCACUUUCUGGAUGAUGGUCGCCGCGAGGUGGUUCAUGAUCGCUGGGGGGCGGUGCCCACUAGUGGUGCCAACCAAUGGCGUGGCUACAGUGUGUUUCCCAUUGAUGAUGCUGGACUCCAUUUGGCUGAGGUGAAUGUAGCUGCUGAUACUGAUGGUGGAGAACGGGAUCCUUCUGCUAUGGAGCGACCACGAAGGCAUUGUGGAGACAGGCCAUCUCCUGCCAAACUCCAACAAGUGGAAUCUGAAGAAGAUGACGGGCUUACCGUCUUCAUUGGACAGCAUGUCCAUAUGUUGCUGGGAGAUCCACCUGCCAACUAUGUGGGUCCCAGGCUGGAAGACAACCCAGCUGGUCUCCUUCCUCGAGUGCCUGGUGAAGAUGGUGGCUUGACCUCUUACGGUCCCAUCACCUUGGAUGAGCAUUUGGAUGAAGUUCCACACCGCCUUGAACUUGGACACAACGAUCAAGGACUACCGACUCGGCACCCUGAGCUAGUGAGGCCUACCUCCUCGCGACUUGGGCUGGGAACCAAUUAUGCCCAUCAUGAAGGUGUGGGAACACUGCACCAAGCUUCCUCGGCUUCCUUGGGGCAUCGAGCUUCAAGUAGCAGUGCAGUUGCCGUGAGGUAUGGUCGACCAGACUCUGCAGCGGAGAGGGGAGUGGCGGCGAUGUCUGCGGUAAACCGCACCGAUCCGCCACGCAUCACGAGAUGGCGAAACUCCCGCAAAAGGGAUCAAGAUGAUGAUGAAGUGGCCAGCUCCAUCAUCUCUUUUGAAGAGGUGGAUGCAUGA